GCGCCACCUUCAUAUAGUCAUACGCACCGGUCAAUCGUACACGGUCGUUCCGUGUGCGUUUGUCGUCCGUGUUUUUUUUUUGGGUUUUUUUUUCAGUUUUUUUUCUCACAUUUUUUUUUUCCGUUUUCAUUUUCUCGCGCAUUACCGAGAGUCAGAAAAUCCGAAAAAAAAAACGUCCGUCGAACGCUCUAUAAACAAAAACAGUGCCGCCUAGUCGUCAGUAAAUUGUUAAUAUUUUAUCCGUUUAACGUAAUAUUCGAAAUCGCGUUGGGUAUCAAUCGUCGUCCGUGUUCCGUCGCGCCCCGUUCGAACCGUUGUCGUUGUUACCGACCACAGUGUGCGCGUGCGACAUUACGCGCGCCGCGAUAAGUCCGCGCGAUUGCGAGUUUACGCGCCAGCUAAUCUUUCCGCCCUCGUUGUCCAUCCGUCCGCAUCUACGCUGGAGGGCUUACCCGCUGUGGCCGCCGGCGGAGAGGGGCUCAGGUUGGCCGCGGCCACGGGCGCCCAGUACCGCCGGAUUAAGGAAGAGUCCAAGAUCGCCGACCAGCAGAAUAAAUUCCAUCCGGCCGGGUUCGAGUUCUACCGGAAUCUGCACAAGUUCCACAACUUGAACAACAACAACAACAACAACCAUAACAGCAAGAACAACAACAAUAAUAAUAAUAACGACUCGCCGCCUUCCGACAAGGCGACAGCAGCAGCGGCCGCGGCAGCCGCGAUGAUCCUUCAACAGCACCACCGCAUCGGCGGCCUGCUGGUCGGGCGACGGCCAUCAUCGUGUGAUAUCACCGCAGCCGCAGCCGCAGCUGCAGCCGCCGACCAACAGCCGCUCGAUCUCAGCUCGCUAUCCGUACCGAAAUAUAACAACGGCGGCCGCGCACAUCCAUAUUUCUCGCACCAUCAUCACCACAAUCACCACCGAGCCGCUGGCGGCCACCAGCAAUCCUCCACCAAGACGGUCUCGUCGACGCCGCCGCCGCCCUUGACGGCCGGGCCACAUGCCGUCCACGCGGCCGUCGGAUCGUCGUCUGACGACGAAGAUGACGACGAGGACGAUGAUGACAGUGUAGGUGGUAGAAGAAGUCACGGUGCAGAUUCGUCACCACCUCAGCUGCCCACGCCCAGUGAAACCGACCCUUCAGAUCGACUGAUGCACCUUGAACACAAAUUCUACAGCCGAGAUGGUACCGAUGCCGAAAGUAUUAAAAGUACCAAAUCUCCGUCACCAAUUCCAGAAGAAGAUGAUAAUGGAGACGAAGAAAGGGCGGAAGAUAUCGUCGAUCACAGCGAGGAUAGCACUGGAAGUGACGAUUUGUUGCUCAAUUCGGAUGGGUCACCAGACAGAAGUGGAGCAUUGAAUUUGGUUUCACAUAGACAUUCUGGGAGCUCUUCGAGCUCGGGCGUGAGCAGUACUGGACCAUCGGGAAACUGUUCGGCAAACGUAACAAGCGGCAGCGACCCGUUAGCUGCGCUCCAGAGUCAACAGUUUGCACAGAUUCCUGGGCUCGGAGUUCUAUCGCCGCAGAGCAACCCGCUAAUCGGAAGCCCCCCUGGCGGCCAGUCCUCUCUGACUCCCCAAGAACUGCAAGCGCUCUUCCAGCAACAAAUCCAAUAUCUGUUAAUGAGACAGUCGACCGCCACGCACGGAAACCAAACACCGUUCUUUUUCCAAAAUCAGGUUCACCAAGCGUUGACUCAAGCAUCACUUCAAUUGCAACAAAUCCAACAGGCUCAGAACAUGACCAACAACCAUCAUCAACUAUCCCCGGUCGGCAACGGACCGAAUCAGUCGACGCGACCGACUGGCUCGUCGACGCCGUCUCAUCAUUCCAAACAUUCUGCUCAGACCCAGUCGUCAAACAACGACCUUGAUCCGUCGGCAGCGGCGGCUCUGAGCCGGUUGGCCGAGACCAAAACCAGCACUGAUGACACUACUGAUCUCGAGGAAUUGGAACAGUUCGCAAAACUAUUUAAACAGAGACGCAUUAAAUUAGGAUUUACUCAGGGCGACGUGGGCCUGGCAAUGGGUAAACUAUACGGCAACGAUUUCUCUCAAACGACUAUCUCGAGGUUCGAAGCUCUGAACCUGUCGUUCAAAAACAUGUGCAAGCUAAAACCGUUAUUGCAAAAGUGGCUGGUGGACGCGGAUAGCACGAUGACCAAUCCCAGCGCGUUGUGUAACCCUCUGACCACGCCGGAAGCGAUCGGCAGGCGUCGUAAAAAGCGCACUUCCAUCGAGACGUCGAUUAGAUAUUCUUUAGAAAAAGCGUUUAGGGCGAACCCCAAGCCUACGUCCGAAGAAAUAUCCAUUUUGGCCGACAACCUGUCCAUGGAAAAAGAAGUAGUGCGUGUGUGGUUCUGCAACCGCAGACAGAAAGAGAAACGCAUCAAUCCGCCGACAACAACCAUGGCUGGUGGUCAGACCACAUCUACCAACACGGACAUGUUCACUGCCUCCAUGUCUGUGCAAAAUCAAAGCGAAAUGUUUCCCAUGCUAACCUCUCCUGGACACCCUCUGGCACUUGUAUCGUCUCCGUCUAUUGGAGGUCACCAUCACCACCAUCAUCACCAUCAAAGUAACAGCGAGUGACAUUGGUCCAUCUCAUCGUCCCUAAACAAUGGAUUUGAUGAGCUCGGCCAACGUAGAUACUUCAGGGCUCCUAUUGAUGGCAAAUUAUCACUUUGUUAGUCAUAUUAUAUUUUGUAUUGACUUUAAACUCUAAAAUUUAAUAACAUUUUCCUAUGUGAAACAAACAAUUCAACUGCUCUAAAUGAUCCUAAAAAGAAUGGGAAAAAAAAGAGAAUCCUCGCAAUACUUCUUAAUUAAGUCAAUAUAUUUUGACUUUAUUUAUUACAAUUUAAUGUCUGUAUUAUAACGUAUGUAUAUAUAUUACCUACGCA